CUUGCGAUUCCGAUAGAUCAACGGUCAGCGUAAGACUCUUCUAACAACUCAUCAAGUACUAAGACUCACGUCUAACUUUAUAAAGACAACAUGCGUGAAGUAAUCUCAAUCCACGUUGGACAAGCCGGUGUACAAAUCGGUAACGCCUGCUGGGAGCUCUACUGCUUGGAACACGGUAUCCAGCCCGAUGGCCAGAUGCCAAGCGACAAGACCAUUGGAGGCGGUGACGAUUCCUUCAAUACCUUCUUCAGCGAGACUGGGGCUGGCAAACACGUACCACGUGCAGUGUUCGUCGACUUGGAACCAACCGUAAUCGAUGAGGUCCGCACCGGUACAUACCGUCAGCUUUUCCACCCAGAACAACUGAUCACCGGUAAAGAAGAUGCCGCUAACAACUACGCUCGUGGUCACUACACCAUUGGAAAAGAGAUCAUCGACUUGGUUCUGGACAGAGUCCGAAAGCUGGCUGAUCAAUGUACUGGUCUCCAAGGUUUCCUCAUCUUCCACAGCUUCGGUGGUGGCACCGGUUCUGGUUUCGCAUCCUUGUUGAUGGAACGUCUGUCUGUUGACUACGGAAAGAAGUCCAAGUUAGAAUUCGCUGUUUACCCAGCUCCACAGGUCUCCACCGCUGUCGUCGAACCAUACAACUCUAUAUUGACCACUCACACCACCCUCGAGCAUUCUGAUUGUGCUUUCAUGGUUGACAACGAAGCUAUUUACGAUAUCUGUCGUCGUAACCUCGACAUCGAACGUCCAACUUACACCAACUUGAACCGUUUGAUUGGUCAAAUCGUCUCAUCCAUCACCGCAUCUCUGAGAUUCGAUGGUGCCCUCAACGUCGACUUGACUGAGUUCCAGACCAACUUGGUGCCCUACCCACGUAUCCACUUCCCAUUGGCUACAUAUGCACCAGUCAUCUCCGCCGAGAAGGCCUACCACGAGCAGUUAUCUGUCGCUGAGAUCACCAACGCCUGCUUCGAGCCAGCCAAUCAGAUGGUGAAAUGCGACCCACGUCACGGCAAGUACAUGGCAUGUUGCAUGCUGUACCGUGGUGAUGUUGUACCAAAAGACGUCAACGCAGCCAUCGCUACCAUCAAGACCAAGCGUACCAUUCAGUUCGUCGAUUGGUGUCCAACUGGUUUCAAAGUAGGCAUCAACUACCAACCACCAACCGUUGUACCAGGCGGUGACUUGGCUAAAGUACAGCGUGCUGUCUGCAUGUUGAGCAACACCACAGCCAUCGCCGAGGCCUGGGCUCGUCUCGAUCACAAAUUCGACUUGAUGUACGCCAAGCGUGCUUUCGUUCACUGGUAUGUCGGUGAAGGUAUGGAGGAAGGUGAAUUCUCAGAGGCACGUGAAGAUUUGGCAGCCCUAGAGAAGGACUACGAAGAGGUCGGUGUCGACUCGGUCGAAGGCGAAGGCGAGGAGGAAGGCGAAGAGUACUAAACAUGUGUGUCGUACACAACAACAAUUCACUAUCAUGGCAACAUAACAAUAAGUAAAUUAAAAUUAAAGAGAUCUCUUAUGAAAACUUUUGUAUAUACCAUUACCUAAACGUACAAUAUUUAAUAGUAAAUAAAACGUUUUGUUUUUACAUAAAA